GGAAACUCUUCUUUUCUUCUUCUCACCAUCACCAACCUAAACAUGUCUACUGCAUCACCACCAACACACGGAAGAGGGACAGCUUCCGAACAAGGAGCACGAAUCCGUGCUCAAAUGGAAGAAAACCGUAAAAGUCAACAAAUUCAACCAGAACAAAAGAUUGACAAACGAUCAUCCAAGCCGGUAAAGCAAGAAAAGCCAAAGAUAGAAAAACCCCCAAAAGAAGAAAAGCCAAAAGAGACAAAAACACUAAAACAAGACAAGCCAGCACCAAAAGCAACGCAGAAGGAAGAAGUGAAUGAGAAAUCUGCAGCAACUACUGCUGCUGCUACACCUGCUGUCAAACGAUCAGAAUCAGGCUCGCAACCGGUGUACGAGAAGCGUGGAAGAUGUUUCCCUGUGACUGGGAUUGACAACUUGGCUCUUCUUAUGGAAGGUGAUGAUUAUCAAACGACAUGUUUCUCUGUGUAUUUAUUCAAGACUGAGCUUGACAGUGAAACCCUGUACAAAUUCUUCCGGAAGCUGGUCGCUUGGUAUCCGAAAUACCAUUAUGCCGUUGAACUUUCACCUUCGGUAGCAUCCAAGAAGGAAAAACAAUUCAAGAAGAAUGGUGGUGAACCCGUACACGAAGAAUCAACCGAAACGGAUAAAUGCGGCAGAAGGACAAGGUAUAGCAAAACAUUAAAAGCAGGUGGUUACUUUAGACCGGCAAGAUGGCGUUAUGCAGAUACGUUUAAAGUUGAAGAUAAUAUCGUCGAGAUGAACAAUCCACCACAAGGAACGGAUGAUGAUGCUUUGCAUACGAUCGCAGGUCAAUUUUUAAGUGAACAUUUUGAUUACAGUAAACCACUUUGGAAAGCACUUUGCGUUCGUGGUUUGAAUACUAGCAAAGGAGCAAAAAGUGCAUUGAUGAUCAAAGUUCAUCAUGCUUUAAGUGAUGGACAAGGAAUGAUUAUGAGUUAUCAUACCGCUUUAUCAGCUUUGGAAACUGAUGCAAAGAUUGAAGAAGUUCAAGCACAAGUUGAUAUCCGUAGUAAAAAGGGAGAACAAAAGAAACCCGGUCAACGUAAUGUUCAUCCAACUUUAUGGGGCACAACCAAACAUGGCUGGCACACGGUUCGUGGACUGUACUUCCGUAGUCGAAAAGCAUUUGAUUAUCCAGGCAGCAAACGAAACCCAGAUCGGUUCUACUGUCAUAGCGAUGGUAUUCCAAUGCAAGAUAUCAAGCUGGUUCGAGACGCAUUCUCGGAUGCUGGUUUGGAUUUGACAUUGAACGAUGUCGCUUGUGCCGUUUUGUCCCGAGCACUUCGUAUGGCUGCCGAAAGAACUGAGCCUGGACCAGUAAAGGACAAACGUGUUGCCGUCUUUGUACCAAUCAGUAAACGUCCAACAGGUAAUUGGGAAUUGACGAACUUCACAACAGGUGCGAUUGCCUGGUUUGCAUUCAAUGAUCCCAAAAAGGUACCGUUCAAAGAACAACUCAGUCAAGUCCAUCGCGAAAUGAACAGAAUCAAAAGAUCUCAUUGGCCACAUAUUUGGUUCAACUUGUUCAGUUCUAUCAGUAAAAGACGAUCAUGGUAUGCACCCAAUUAUCCGAUCGGUAAAGGAAUUUUCGAUUUAACCGUUCGUGAAUAUCACGUUGCAACAAACCUACCCGGACCAAGUAAACCUAUCAAAUUUGGCACACAUGAAGCUUUUGCCUAUCAUGUUCUUCCACCAAGUUCGCCCGGUAAAUCUUCUUUGGCGAUAGGAAUGAUUUCUUAUGCUAAUAAUUUCAGUUUGGCAGUUUCUUGUGAUGGUGCAAAAGAAUUAAAACAACGUAGAUUGGCCGAAGAAAUUUGUAAAGCAUUCCAAGAUGCUUCACAAGAAUUGGUUCAAGCUGCCGAAGCGGAAAAAGAAGCGGUCAACAAUGGUAAUACCUCUAAUAAUAAGAAGAAAUAAAAACUUCCCUCUCUCUCUCAAUUCACACUCUCUUUACCUUCGUACCAUAUACACACUCAUUCGUUGUUUCUCUCUCCCUCUCAUACCACCUUGUAACUCUUUCUUUGGAUUCGCUAAUUUGAUUAUAUAAUGCC